GUUUGGUUCCCAUUUGUAAACGGGAUUUGCUAGUGGAAUAAGUGUUUUUUGUGUUGUAAUUGUCUUUUUUUAUAAUGGAAUCCGUGGAAGAACGCUUGAAUAAGGCUCGUCAAGAGCGCAUUGCUAGAGAAAAAGCGAGAAUCGAUAAGUUACGGGAGUUGAACCUCAAGAAAUACAAUAAAAACGAGUCCCAGGGUAUUUUUAAGGCGCCGUCGACCGCUUCCCUUGCUAAUAAAACACUCAAUAGCACCAUUAAACCCAGAAACGACUUGUCAACAAGCAAUCUAAAAUGUCCCAGCACUAUUAGAGAGGUCAAGAAUAAUUUUAGCAACGUUAAAAGAUCUCUUACGGCCCCGAUGCCGAAAAAACCAACUGCAGAAAUUAAACCAGUUAUGAAAAGUGCUGCUCCGAGAGUAACUGAAGUUAAGAAUGACUCAAAAAUGCUGACAAAAAGUACUGUUCCCCUUAAAAAUACUGUAAAAAAGGAUUUUAUUAGCAGUAAUAAAAUUAUUGCCAAUUCUGUAAAACUGCCGGUUAACGGAGUCAAAAGUGUCCCAAAUGUUGCUAGAAAAACUUUGGCCCCUAUCAAGAUGGCAAACCAAUUGAAAUUGUCAGAAAUACAGUCUAAAAUGUCUGAGAAAGCUAAAGAAUGUAGAAAAAGCAUGAUACCAAAUCAGCAAUUUGAGAAACCAAAGCUAACUGCCAGAAAGAGUAUGGCACCAGUAAACCAGUCCAAAAUAUCUGAAAAACCUACGGAGUCUAGAAAGAGUAUGAUACCGAUGCGGCCGCUCAAUGCGACGAAGAAUAGAGAAUCUGUGUUUGAUCGCCUGUAUAAGCCUAAAACAGUUCAGAAGAGUGAAUUGAGUGAUGCGGACAGACUUCAAAGAGAUCCAGUAUUUUUACAAAAGGUACUGCAGCAGGGCAGCUUGAUUGCCAGCAAACGGCACACAAUAUUCGGUCAGAACUUCGCCAAGCCCGUGACAAAGGCCCCGGUGCGCAGGUCCAUAUCCGCUGUUCAUCUGAAACGGAUCAGCAAGAAGGAGCUGGGGAACUGCUUCCAGAAGUGGUCAUCUAUCGGCGAAAAACUCGACGAAAUCGACAUAACCACGACCAACGAAGAUGACAAAGUGACACAGGACACCAUACAAUCUGCCAUCAAAAGUGAACGCAAGCGUGUCCGCCUCCAAACUCCCACAUUUACACCUCGACCAGCCGAGAUGCAACACCGACUACAGAAAUGGCUGCAAUCCCGAGGCAAAUCCAUACAGUCCUACCAACACUUACAGUGUUUCGGGAUAUAUCAUUUGGCUGAAAAACCUAUUAAACCGCUGUUCAUAAAGGGUCAACCUGAAGAUUUUAAUGAUGAAAAUAAAGAAAAUAUAGAAUUGGAGCAUGACAGCGAUAAUGAUUCAUACACUGACUGUAUGAAUGAACCUAAUGAUGAUGAUAAGACUAAGUGGAGGGGCCGGAUUAGCUAUGUUAGCGACAGUGUGUGUAUGAAUGAUAGCGAGCAUGAUACUACGCUGAAUUCUGAUGAGGCUCCGGUGGAUGAUGUGUUGUUGGGAGCGCUGAAUGAUCUUACAGAGUUGCUGCGUGAGGGCUUCGAUUGGGAACAAUGCGCGCGCUGGCUGCGCGCAAUCCGCACCCGUUUCCCGCACGCACCAUCCCUGGCCGCCUAUUGGGAGUGUCGCGCCGCACUGGAAGAGACGCGCGGGGACUUACCCGCCUCCGUGCAGUGCUGGGAAGAGGCUAUAGCUAAGGGGACACAGCACUCAGUAGUGGACGCCAACUUGGAUCAGCUUCUGGACAAGUUCAUGCAGCUGAAGAUCAGCCCCAGCAGCGGUACGCGAGACCGCGUGGACCCCAAGCUGGUGGACGUGAAGAACGUCUUCAAGAGCACCAUCAUUAGGUUCGCCGUACAGCAGGCCAAGUUACGCCAGUCCAACCAGGCGGACCCACCCACGCACACCAUGACCCCAGUCCGCCGCAGCGCCCGUCUCAGCACCCACUGGAAGAUUCAAAAAACGCCCCGCUACCAGAAAACGCCCAAAACGCCCCUACAGAUAUGUUCUUCGAUCAGACAAGCUGGACUUAUAGGGGAGAAGGUGCUAUUCGUGCCUAAUACUACUUUGUGUAACACUCCUUAACGCUAUGAAGC